AUGCUUCUCCCAAGGCGACUCUUACGACCAUGUUCCCUCAUCAUUCUAAACACACACACAUGCCACCUACUACUCAUAUUCAUCUUCCUCUACGGCCUCGCAAUAAACCUAGCCCGUCUAACAUGCUGGCGUGACCCGACAUCCGCCUUCUUCGCCGAAGACCAAGCAUAUAAACCCGCCUACUCCACCCUCCGCACAGAACAAGCCAACGAACUCAUCCAACAAGCCAACAGCAACACCCUCCCCCAGCAAUUCCGGACCAAAGCCUCCGCCCAUCCCACAACGUGCAUCGGAAUUGCCUCAGUAGCUCGAAACGGUGCACGCUACCUCCAGGGCGCAGUCGGCUCCAUUCUCGAGGGCCUUACCGCGACAGAGAGAGAAGACAUGUACCUUAUCAUCUUCAUCGCGCAUUCUGAUCCAGCGGAGCAUCCAGCAUAUAUGGAGCCGUGGCUGCAUGCUCUCGCUGAUAAAGUGCUUGUGUAUGAUCCGGCUGUGGUGGAUAUAGAACAUAUUCGCAGUUUGGAGACGCCAGAAGCGAAGAAGUUCGCUCGUGAGAAGGUGAUGCUGGAGGAUGAUGUUGUUGCCUUGGAUGGGUGGUAUCAUCGGACUAAGCAGGCUUUGGAUGUCGCUGAGCGGAAGGCGGAGGAGGAAGGGGGAGGUCAGCAGUGGCUAUAUCUCCGACUCUUCUACACCGAGAUAUUCCUCGGAUGGAACUCAGAAGAAUGGCCCAUCUACCUCUUCUUCUCCCUCCUCGCCGUGUCUGUCAUCGUGGCCACAACCACAGCAACCCGAUACUGUUGCCCUUCUACAGCCAGAUACCUCUCGAACGAGAUCAUAACCCUCCUCUCCCUCGUGGUCACCCCCCUCCUAAUCACCCUCUUCUUCGCCGCCGGACGGCACACAAUGCUCCCAAUCCCCGAGGGCGUGCACGCGAUGCCUAAAUUCGGCUGCUGCUCUCAGGGAUUCGUCUUUCCACAGGCCCGCAUCGGAGACCUGGUAUCCUGGUACGAGAGGAAUAAAGUCGGGUAUGUGGAUAUGCUCACGGAGAGUUACGCCGACCAGAACGGGGAGGUUCGCUGGGCGUUGACGCCUAGUGUAUUGCAGCAUGUUGGGAGUAGGAGCUCGAAGACGAAUGCGCUGGGAAAGCAUAGGGAACGGUUGACGAUGGCUGAAAGGAUUUGGAAUUUUGGGUUUGAGGAGAAUGAUCCGGGGGAGUUGAGGCUGGAGCAUAGGCUGCGGGAUGAGGGUGGGGGGUAG